AUGAGAAGGUUCAUGAAUUUGAUGCUAUUAGCACAGAAAACAAUUAGAAAAAGACGAAGACGAGAAAGAAGCAUGGAGAAGAAGAAGAGAAAGACAAAGACGACGACCGCAACACCACCGAAAUCGUAUGUGCCUGAAGAAUUGAUAACGGAAAUUCUUCUAAGUUUACCGGUAAAGUCUCUUAUUCGUUUCAAAUGUUAUAUCUAUUAUCUAUAUGGUUUUGGAUAUGAUCAGUUAAGAGAUGAUUACCUGGUGGUCUCCCUGUCAUCAUGUAUUCUAGCCGAUGAAGAUAUUUCACGUUUGGAAUAUUUCUCAUUGAAAGAUAACAAAUGGAACGAAAUUGAAAAUACUUACUUCCCUUAUACGCUGGACAAGAUUGACCCGAGAGUAGGAUCGCUCUAUAACGAUGCUAUUCAUUGGUUGGCUUUACAUUCUGGUUCGUUGAUGGAAGUUAUUAUUGCUUUUGAUUUAAGUGAAAGGAAACUUUUUGAGAUUCCUUUUCCAAAUGGUAUAGAGCAUAAAUCUAAUCAUUGCGAGUUGUGGAUAUUUGGGGAAUUUCUUAGUUUAUGGGCUAUAGAUUGUGAACAUAGAAGAAUUGAAAUAUGGGUGAUGAAAGAAUACAAAGAUCAUUCAUCUUGGAUUAAGACUAUUGUUCUCUCUACGCACAUCUUCCCUCCUCAUAAGUUUUCACCAAUAUGCUCUACAAAAAAUGGUGAUAUCAUUGGAACAGAUGGGGCUAGAUUAUUGAGGUAUACCAACACAGGAGAGCUUAUAGAGAGUUCAUCAUACAGCUGCAUUGCAGAUAGCGCAGCUUCACGUGGAUCCCGAUCGAUCGUUUAUACAGAAUCUUUGCUUUCACUCCCUGGUGACGACAUGCAAUCUUAUGAAGAUGUUUCAGACUAA